CUCAUGGCGGGCAAGGAGGUAGCUCACACAUCUCCUGACAUGCAACGCUGUACGUUGCAGUGGAAAGAGUAUACUAUCGACUUCGAGGGUGCCUCGUAUAUGGUUUUCGAUACCAUCGGGCUCGAGGAACCGCAACUGGGGAUCAAAGAAUACCUCGAAUCUGUCGAAAACGCCUAUAAGCUCGUCAGGGAAUUGGAUGAUAAAGGCGGGAUCGAUUUGCUUCUCUUCUGCGUUCGCGCCGGCAGAGUCACUGCUACGCUUCAAAGCAAUUAUCGGCUCUUUCACGAAUUCCUCUGCGAGAAGAAGGUUCCAAUUGUUCUUGCGAUCACGAACCUCGAAAGAGAGCAGAGGAUGGAGGAAUGGUGGGAGAGAAACGAGGGCACCUUCGACAGGUAUCAGAUAAAGGUCGCGGGUCAUGCAUGCAUCACCGCCGCCAACAGAUUGGACGGCAGACACAAAGUUCUUUAUGAACAAUCGCGCAUCACGAUCCGUAACCUUGUUAGGGAAUUUACUGCCGACGGGCAGAAGCAGGCAUGGACAGGAGGGCACAACCUGUUCGUGUCGUUGAUGCGCAGGCUGAAGGAGUUACUCACAGGGGGUUCGCAUCUGACAAGGAAGGAUCUUGUUCCUCAUCUCACGAAGCGUUGUGGUAUAUCUCCAGACGUUGCAAAACAAGAGGACAGGAAUAAAACUAUCGUACUUUUUGGGGAGACGGGAGCAGGCAAAAGCUCACUCAUCAACCUCAUGGCGGGAGAGGAGGUAGCACACACAUCUCCUGACAUGCAACGCUGUACGUUGCAGUGGAAAGAGUAUACUAUCGACUUCGAGGGUGCCUCGUAUAUGGUUUUCGAUACCAGCGGGCUUGAAGAACCUCAGCUGGGAACUAAAGAGUAUCUCGAGUCUGUCGACAACGCCUAUAAGCUCAUCAAGGAAUUGGAUGGACGAGGCGGCAUUGAUCUGCUUCUAUUCUGCAUUCGCGCCAGCAAAGUCACUGCUACGCAUCAAAGUAAUUAUCGGCUUUUUCACGAAUUCCUCUGCGAGAAGAAGGUUCCAAUUGUUCUUGCGAUCACGAACCUCGAAAGAGAGCAGAGGAUGGAGGAUUGGUGGGAGAGAAACGAGGGCACCCUCAACAAGUCUCAGAUAAAGGUCGCUGGUCAUGCGUGCAUUACCGCCGCCAGUGGAUUGGAAGGCAGACACAAAGUCCUUUAUGAAGAAUCGCGCGUCACGAUCCGCAGCCUUGUCAAGAAUUUUACUGCCGACGGGCAGAAGCAGGCAUGGAUAGGAGGGGACAACCUGUUUGUGUCGUUGAUGCGCAAGCUGAAGGGGUUAAUUAUAGGGAGUUCGAAUGUCAGAAGGAAGGAUCUUGUCCCUCAUCUCACGAAGCGUUGUGGCAUAUCUCCAGACGUCGCACAACAGGUGGCUAAUAUGAUCAAGCAAAACUAG